AUGGGGCUCUUUGAGACUCAGUUUGACUCCCUGCCCGGCACUUCACCUCCAACCCUGCAGACCUGCGCCCUUAAUCUGGGACCUCUGUGUCCCGCCCCCAUAACACUGGCAUUGCUGCCAGCUGAGGUAGGCUCCCCACACUCCACAGAGGUAGACGAGUCCCUGUCCGUGUCCUUCGAGCAGGUGCUUCCGCCACCACCUGCCACUGUGAGCGAGGCUGGGCUGAGCCUCCCACUCUGUGGCCCCCGGGUACGGCGAUCAGCCUCCCCGCAUGAUGUGGACCUAUGCCUGGUGUCACCUUGCGAGUUUGAGCACCGAAAGGCUGUGCCCAUGGUACCAGCACCCGCAUCCCCCGGCAGCUCAGAUAGUAGUGCUCGGUCCCAGGAGUGGGCGGGCGCUCCAGGGGCCGAGGAGAUGCCACCCACAUCCGUCCACGAGUCCCUGCCCACCCUGUCUGACUCAGACCCCCUGCCUGCCGCCUCUGGCACCACGGACUCAGAUGAGGACAUGGAGGGCUUUGGGGUCCCUCGCCAUGACCCACUGCCCAAGCCUCUCAAGUUCCCCCCACCGCGGCCCACCCCACCCAGCAUAUGCAUGGUGGACCCUGAGAUGCUGCCCCCGAAGGCACGGCUGACAGAGGGCCUCAGCCGCACCCGGAAGUCCCUGGCUUGCCCCAACCCCAGCACUGCUGCCCCCAAAGCCACUGCAGCGAGCACUGCCAAAACCAAGGGACUGGCUGGUGGAGACAGGGCCAGUCGGCCGCUCAGCACCCGGAGUGAGCCCAGUGACAAGGGAGGUCGGGCACCUCUGUCCAGAAAGACCUCAGUCUCCAAGAUGACCACUCGGGGCCCAUCUGGGUCAGCUGGCAGCCGGCCAGGUGGGUCAGCAGCCCCUCCAGGGUCCCCCGUCUACCUUGACCUGGCCUAUCUGCCCAGCGGGAGCAGUGCCCGGCUAGUGGACGAGGAAUUCUUCCGGCGGGUGCGUGCACUCUGCUAUGUCAUCAGUGGCCAGGACCAGCGCAAGGAAGAGGGCAUGUGGGCCGUCCUGGAUGCACUACUCGCGGGCAAGCAGCAGUGGGACCGUGACCUCCAGGUGACCCUGAUCCCCACCUUCGAUUCAGUGGCAAUGCAUGAGUGGUACGAGGAGACGCAUGCUCGGCACCAGGCGCUGGGCAUCACAGUGCUGGGCAGCAAUAGCACCGUGUCCAUGCAGGACGAGGCCUUCCCCGCCUGCAAGGUGGAGUUCUAGCUCCGUUCCCGACACCCACCCCCUCAGCCCGGAAUCUGCCACUGUCCCGAGAUUC